UAAGAUUCGAUUGAUUGAUAGUCUCUCUUCCAUUUCUCAGGAUUUUCUUUUGGUUUCCUGAUCGGUUUUUCUUCUGGGUGUUUUCCAAUGGCCUCCAUCUCUGGAAAAGCUGAUGCAUCUCUUCCUUCAUCAGCUGAACCAUCAUCAGAAUCUCGUCCGUAUAAGUAUGAUGUGUAUUUGAGUUUCUGGGGUGCGGAUACUCGAGAGGGUUUUAUAUCUACUUUAUACCAUCGGCUGCAAGAGAGGGGAAUCACAACAUUCAAGGAUGUUAAAGUAACGACAAUUGAAGAAUCAAGGUUUGCAAUUGAAGAAUCAAGGUUCGCAAUUGUUGUUCUGUCCCAAAAGUAUGCUGCUUAUACUUGGUGUUUGGAGCAACUCUCAAAGAUCUGUGAGGUCAUGAAGGAUGGCCCCAGAAUUCUUCCAGUUUAUUAUGAUGUCAAGCCUGCUGAUGUUAGAAAGCAAAGGGGGAGUUUUGAAGAUGCUCUCUCCAAGUACGAAAUGUCCGGGCGAAACGAAUCGGGGAAGGUCCAGCAGUGGAGAGAUGCUCUAACAAAAGUGGCCAAUUUGUCUGGGUUGGAUUCAAGGAAUUACAUGGAUGACAUAGAACUUAUCAACAGCAUUGUGGAGUUUGUGUGCAGUAGAGUACAACCUCUUGUGGAAAUCGAAAAAGUACAGCCUAUGGAAACCGAUAGGGAAGGUUCUGAUGUAUCUGAAGAAACAAGACAAGACAUGGAUGAGUUUAGGGAGGUGCAUAUAGAUGAUGAGGUCAGCUUCGUUGGGGUCGAUGGAACAGGAGGCCUGGGCAAGUCUACCAUGGUAAUACCAUUCGGGUCUUCUUCAUCAUCAGCUGUUAAGUGGAAGUAUGACGUGUUUUUGAGUUUCCGGGGAGAAGAUACUCGAUGGAGUUUUACAUCCCAUUUAUGCCAUUGGUUAACGAAGAGAGGUAUUAAAACAUUCAUGGAUGAUCAAGGUCUUGAAGUAGGGGAUCCUAUUUCUCCCAAUGUCCUAAAGGCAGUUGAAGAAUCAAGGCUUGCAAUCGUUGUUCUCUCGCCAAAUUAUGCUUCUUCUACUUGGUGUUUGGAGGAACUUGCAAAGAUCUGUUUGGGCGAUACGGAUCGGAGAAGGUCCAACAGUGGAGAGAGGCUUUAA